GUGCAGUAUUGCACACUAGUCCGUAGCUUUGAGACACAAGUAGAAAACUGGGAAACUCGGAAAAGUGUAGUACCUUUGUUAUUUUUUUUUUCUAACUGUAAAUACAAAAUUUGCACAUUUCAGUAAACGUUUUUUUUUGUAAUGUAUUUAUUAUUUAAACAAUUUUGAUUUUCAUUAUUGUGAACCGUUCAUUAGAUUGUUUUCUUGGUAAUAUAAAUUAACAAUGUGAAAUCGACGUUGUUGGUUGAACGAAAUCUCCACAAAGCUGGACAUCAACGGGGUAUUUGAUUUGAAACAUCUGAAGGAGAAUAAAAUGACAUCGGUCGGUCAGCUAGUUCCGCAGGUGACACGAGGCCCCCCGAACAUGACAACUCCAUUCAAUGGACCCCACAUUGAGGGGUCUUUUUGCACCUCAAUUGAUUAUGAUUAUGACCCCAUUAUAAGUGUCAUAUGUGCUAUGUACAUGGUUUUUGGGACUGUUUAUACACUCUUUGGUUACCGAUGCUUCAAAGCCAGUAUGUUCCUGACUGGUUUCACUUUUGGUUCUGCUAUUGUUUAUUUAAUAUGUCUGCAGGAGUAUCUGAUGCCACCCUAUGGCAAUGUAGGUGUCGCAUUGUGUGCCGGUCUAUUGUUUGGCCUCAUUACAAUGUUGAUACAGUAUGUUGGGCUGUUCAUGACUGGUUUCCACACCGGCCUCCUCCUGGCUGUAGGGGGCUUGGCCAUUUAUGACCAUUUUCUCGAUAGUCGGCCUGCUACAUAUUGGCUAUGUGUGGUGGCAUUGCUUGGUUCCGGGAUAUUCUUUGCUGUCAUCAAUCUAUACUGGAAGAAGGCUCUCACGAUAAUUGGUACGAGUGUGUACGGGGGCGCGGUGAUAGCGACUUCCUUAGACUACUUCUUUGAAAGGAUGGUGAUGCUCAAAUGGUUAUGGGAACGCGCAAAGUUGGAGCCGGUCGUGCUACCACCGUGCCGACUGUCGUGGUUGACCCUCGCUGCAUGGCCUGCCGCUGCGAUCGUUGGGCUUACAGCUCAGUGCGCGCUCACAGCCACCGGAAUAUUCCAUGAGCAGAGUAUAAGUGCACAAAAGCGUCGCCUGAAAGCGCAGCAGGCGCGGCCCGUAACCCGCGAACAGCGCGCCGAGAUGAAGCAACGCAAGUACAGAUAUUUGUACCAAGUGCGUACCGCACACGGUGACGUCAUCUCUCAAUCGUACGUGCAAGCUCUGCAAAAGAAGGCUCAGUGUGGCAAUUGGAGUGGCAGCAGCGGUUGUGCCGGGGGUGAAUGCAGCACCUUGCAGAGUGAUUCUACUCACCUCACGGUUCUGGCUGGAUCCGAGCACGCACCGCCUACAGACUCGGACGAUGAUCUCAAUCAAAUACGCGCCGUGCAUUAGUGCGGCACGCAGGUAAAAAAGUUUUAUCAGACGGAGGGUUGGAGGUUUAUUUUUAAUCUAUGUGUAUCCAGUAUUUUAAGAGAAACCACUCAUAUUAUUAUUAUUAUUAUUGCAUAUUAUGACUAGUUAUUAUUAGUAAUCACAUUUUUGUAUUCAAUGUGAAUUAUUAUAUUACAAUUAUAUUAUACUUGAAUUUAUGUAAGUAACGGAGUUCAAGACCUAAUACUUCGUUUAAAGGCAUCUUAUAUAUUUUUGUGAAAAAUAUAAUAAGUAAUUGUGAUGAAGAUUCUGACGAACAUUCCAAUGAUGCGAUUGUAAUGUGAAUGAUAAUCGAAACUAGAACGUUGACACCGCCCCUCGUAAUAAAUAUAAGCCCUAAUCACUGCCACUAACUUUUUUAUAACUCAUUUUAUAAAAUUACGGUCUUGAACUCCUUGUAAUCGAUAUGGUUGUGUUUAUUUCGAUGAUGGUUAAUUUGGAAUUUUAUAAUUGUAAUUUUACACUACGAUUUAAUUGUAUUGUAAUUGAUUAUUUGAUAAUCUGAAUGUUACAUUGUAAUAAUUGAGAUAAAAAUGGAAUUUUAAUGUUGCAGUUUUACAAAUACUGUACCGAUGGUCGGUCUUAAGUUUCGAUGUUUUGACAAUAUAAAUAUUAGACAGUGGCUAGUACAAUUUAUCGCUGAACAAAGUAUAAUAUGGUAUUUUAAUACGCGUCAAAUUCGAAUAUAUUAAGAUUUGUAUUAGAUCGUUUCGAUAAUAGAUGUAUUAUCUGUUAACGUUAUAGAUUGGUAAAGUAAUGAUUAGAGCGAGACCACAAGGCAAAUUACAGGAGUGCAUGUGUAAUGUAGAUAAUAUUUCUUAGUUGAAUACCAUCUAGGUAUCGCUCAUUUAAAUAUAUAUUGAAAUUUUGCUUUUGUGACACCUAAAUGUAUUUAUUAUGAAAUUCAGCAAGAAAUCUCUUUCAUUGAAUACUGACGCCGCGCCGGCUCAAUAUACAUAUGCUUGGAAACAUAUGCAUUUGGUAUUGUCUGUUUGUCUUGCUCUAACCUGCAGACUGUUAUUUGUUUUACAGUUUGCAUUGCUGAUCUAUGUAGGUAAUAUGUCUAUUAUUUCGACAUUUUUUAAUAGUUGUCAAUAAAUAGAUGUGCGAUAUUGAAUGCUAGUUGCUUCUACCGAUAGAGAAGGAUUAUUGGUACAAAAUUAUACAAGUACAGUUUAGCCUUAAGAUCACUAAUUGGACGCAUACACCUACCUAUAAUGUAUUUUACAUAUUAUUUAUGCGCGUAGCCUACGUUUAAUAUUUUUAUUAUUAUUAAUAUAGGAUUACUGUUUUCUUGCCAGACAUGUACUAUAUGAAACAUUUCUUCUGUCCACUUUCGUCUCAUUUCUAUAUGCUUUAGUUUAUGAGGAAGUGUUUGAGGCGGCACUAUGAGAUUUGGUUUAGACGAACGGGGAACUCUUAUGAAGAGUAUGUAGUUAGAAUUAAGAGAAAGUUAUUGUGACAGCUUUAUGUAAAAGAUUGUUCGGUUAUAUUUUUAUUUAUUCACAAGUCCGUAUGAAUGACUUAAUUUUUGUAAUAAAUUAUGAAAAUGCAAAGCAUGAACGCUUGUAAAAGCUGUAUUGUUUAUGACUCGAUAUAGAGUUGUGCACUCGAGCGCAGUUAUUUGGUGUGUCUCAACAAAUUAGGGAAAGAAAUCUUGUAUGAAAUACAGUUCUAUUGUGGUCCAUUUAUAAAUUGUGGUAAACGCCGUGCUCUAGUGCACAGUAAAUAUUAAUUUCUAUUCAGCAUGUGAUAAGUUUGUUAUUUGGCCAAAGUUUAUUUUAGUUCUAGCAGCGCUAUAAGCAUAAUACAUGUUUUAUUGUUUAAUUUAGAUAUCUCAUUUUGACAAGCACUAUUUUUUAAAUUGUUAAUAGUAAUAUAAAAUUAUAAUAUAUUUUAUAAAUCGUGAUACAUUAAGUGAAUAAUUUGUUCAGUGAACUGACGGUUUGUUUUUAAACAACAUGUAAAGGUAUUUUCAGUAAGUGAGAGAUAAUAAUUUUGAUUUAGUGACGUCAGUUCUUGUGAACAGUUGAAUGGUAAUGGGAGACAUAAUAUGUAUAUAUCGUAAUUGUAAGGUAGAGAUAGAGCAUAGGAAAAAGAUGGCGUAUCUUAGACUUUUACUAUAUUUCUCUCUAUCUAUAAGCAUUGUCCACUCAAUCGCUCAAUUUCUAGUCUUAUUUAAUAUAACAUCUCCCACAAUAGUGAUACUUUAUACAUCACAUUCGCGUACAAAGAGUUUAAUGUUUCCGUACAAACAAAAAAAGUAGUUCCAUUAUUGACUAUUGUUUUUAAUUUAUUUAUGACCGUGGAUACAAGUUCUUCAGUCAAAAUAUUAGAGACUGCGUAAUACGGAAUUAGAUAUGCUAGUGUUUACAUUAGCUCUAUUCACAUAUUUUUGAAGUUAUUAUGUACGUAUAUUUUCUAUUCUAUCUUUUUUUAACUUUUUAUUAUGUUUAUUACAAACUAAAAUAUUAGCCAUGUCUUUAUUUAAAUUUUAUUAAAUACUUUGUUAAUUAUUUUACGUUAUAAAAAAUGUUAUGUUUAUUACUGCGGCGGGUGGUCAAAAGUUUUAUUGUAGAGGUCUACGUAUAAAUGAAGUGUCAUUGUAGGCAUUUAUUAUAUAUCUGUUUUUAUAAAACAGCAUUCGAUUAUGUUAAUUAAUUACCCAUAUAAUCAGUUUAUUGUUAUAUUAUUUAAUAUAAUUUUAAUUUUGUAAUCGACAUGUAUCCCUUUAUAAUUUU